UCCUUUAACUGAACGGAAAACAUAAACGAAGAAGAGGAAACGGAAUCGCUUCUAGACAUCGAUGAUGAGAAAAUAAAAGUCCCAUAGGACUGUAUUUCCCUCAUGGUGUUGACAUGUCACCUAAAAAGCGCCAGAAUGAUGCAAAUACCCUUAAGAAGAACAAAAAAGAGAAACGAGGCGAAGUCGCUGUGAUAAACGCGGAUCUGAGAGAUGAAGAUAUCCAGAAAGGCAUGAGAGACGCGUGGCAGAGGAAAGACAGUUUUUCUAAUGGUAAUGUCAAUCUGGAUUGCAAGCCCUUCCCUCACUGUCAGAUCACUAAUUUCCUACAGAGUGACAGCUUUGUGGAGAGCCUACAGGCAGAGCUAUUGCAGCUUAACUUCAACAGCAAGUCAAAUGACUUGUACAAGUUUCAACAGUCAGAUGAUCUAAGGAAAAGAAAAGAACAUCACAUAUCACAGAUCAGGUCAGUGAUUUUUGGAGAAUUUCGUUUGUGGUUGUCAGAGGUGUUGCAAGUGGAUUUGGAGGAAACUGUUGAUAUAUCCUGUGCCAAGUAUGAGCAUACAGAUGUUUUGCUGUGUCACGAUGAUGAGCUAGAGGGCCGAAGAGUUGCGUUCAUCCUCUACCUGGUGCCUCCUUGGGAGGCGAAAGAUGGAGGAACACUGGACCUGUUCAGCACUGAUGAUCACUUUCAGCCUGUGAGUGUUGUAAAGUCAUUGCUUCCUUGCUGGAACUCUCUGAUGUUUUUUGAAGUGUCCCCGGUCUCCUUCCAUCAGGUGUCAGAGGUGCUUGCUGAAGAGAAGUGCCGUUUAUCUCUAAGCGGUUGGUUUCAUGGCCCUUCCCUGCCGAGACCCCCGCGGUACAUCGAACCCCCGAUCCCUCGUCACACACACAUCCCUAGAGAUGAGAGUUUGAUCUUUGAAUGGGUGAAUGAGAUGUACCUUGAUCCUUGCUAUCAGGCUCAAGUGCAGGAAGAAUUUGAAGAUAGUUCAGAGAUUUGUUUGCCUAAUUUCUUACAGGAAGAAAAAUUAAGGCAGGUGCGCAGUGCACUGCAGUCGUCUGAGAUCCAGUGGCAGAGAAGGGGUCCACCCAAUAAGAGGUCUUAUGGCUGUGCAGAUAUGCAGACGGUCCCUUCGUGUGUAAAAGAAUGCUGGGAACUUCUCUCCUCUGAACCGUUUUUUAUCCUCCUGUCAAACAUGACUGGUCUCCAUCUGCACUUUCUGGCCCAGUCUAAUGAUGACGAUGAUGAUGAUGAGAGCGAAGAUGAAAAGAGAGAGACAGAGAAUGGAGAUGAAGGAAAUACACACGCAGAGGGAUGCAGUAGUACUACAGAAACGGAAACAACUUCUGCUGAGAAGAAACCCAAAGGACCUCCUACAUGUGUGGGAGAACUGCAUCGCUGGGCACAUGGUGACUACACGUUAUUACACGACUCGGUCAAAAGAGAGUAUGCGCUGGAUCUUCAGCUACACGUUGGUUGUGCAGGUUGGAAGGCGGAGUUUGGAGGAUUUACGUCCUAUAUUGCUAAUGAUGAAGAUGAGGAGCUCCUGACAGUUUAUCCGGAAGAUAACUCCCUUGCUCUGGUCUACAGAGACAAAGACACUCUCAAAUUCAUCAAACAUAUCAAUAACAGCAGCUCUGCACACCUUUCUGCCCAAAAUACCACAGCUUUUUAUGACUUCUCUUUUAACUACUAUGAAUGAUGAAUCAGAAUGGCUUGGUUGAUUGACUGAUUGUGUAAAUGUCUGUGACAUCAUUGUGCAAGCGCAUUGGCCAUAAUAAUGUAAAUCAGUGGUUCUCAACUCCGGUCCUCGGGCCCCCCUCCCAGAAUGUUUUGGAUGUUUAAAAAAACUUUUCUUUAACACACUAACAAGCUUAUGUACUAUCAGGUUGUUAUAUAUGGAGACAUCUAAAAUGUUCUGGGAGGAGAACCACUGAUGUAAGUAAUAAGGGCUCAGUACACACAUAAAAAGUAUUUCUAUCCCCUAAAAAAGCACUAGCACUGUGCUCUGUCAAUAAAUGUAUUAUAGACAACA